AAGUCGAUACUACCGGAUAUUUGUUUCUACGUCAAAAAAGUUCCUAAAUAAAUAAUAUGUAAAUUUUCCUAAUAUUUUGCUAAUUUAUAUAGUAACUGUAAGUUGAAAUCGCAUUACGAGAAUAAUAGACAGGAAAUGAUUAUCAUCGUGAAUAUGUACGUGUACUGCCAGUGCAUCACGACUGGUACAUCAAAGACCGAGAUCUUGUUAGGGAAUGUCAUGUAUGGCAGAGUUGAGAGGGAAAUUAGAUAGGGUCAAGUGGAAUGAACGACAUGUGAAGUCGCAGAUAAGAGAAAUUUCAACAGUUUCUAAUAAAGAUUUUAAGUCUGAAAACGCUUCAUUAUGUGAGGCAGAAUAUAGGGUACCUACUAAAAAGUUUAGAAGUACUUUUGGACCCUCUAUGAGUGCAGCCGACAUUCCUGAAAUAUCUGAACUACCAAAUACCAAGAACAUAUGUAACAAUGAUGUUGCCUCGGGUCCUGUGGAUCCAGAAUCAAACUGUGCUAUUUGCCACAGCAAUCUUGAGGAUAAGUCGGUCACUAGCACCUGUCCUCAUACCUUCUGUUUUGACUGUUCUGCGAAAAGAUAUAAACUCAAAGCGGAAUGCCCAUUGUGUAAGCAGUCAUUUCAAAGUAUGAUUCCUAAUAUACAAUCGUACGACGAUUAUGAGCAGAAUCAUAUCGAAAGUCAAGAAAAUGAAGCCUCUUGUGAUACAACAAUCCGAAACUCUUCAGUCGCAAUACACCAAGAUAUUUUCAGUUGCCAGAGUUUUGGUGACAUCGAACGAUGCCCUACUGCACUACCUAGAAGGCUGACUGAGAGUCAAGUCUCCACACAACAGAACUGGCGCCGACAUCAGAGUGAUUCCCGGGAACUGAAAUCCAGUAUAGACAAAAAUGGCACAAAAAUCAAGGAAGUGGCAGAAGCUGACUACAAACAGAGAGAUAUCACUCCAGCAUUUUUCUCUGCAAAUCUUGCAGCCACCUACAGACUAAUCCCUUGGCUAGAAAGAGAGCUUAAUGCUCUAGUGACGAAUCAUGUCCAGUUGUUAGUCUUACGCAUAACAGACGUCAUCAAACAACAUGAUAUCCUCAGUCAGGAAUUUUAUCAGUACAUUUACCCGUUUUUUGGUAAAGACACCCGGCAGUUUAUGGAAAGGUUCUAUAAGUUUGCGAGGUGUCCAUUUUCAAAGACAAUAUAUGACACCAUAUAUGAACAGGAAGCGCAGUCUCUGUCUGAGAGUGAAACAAGUACUGCAUCCAGUGAAGAUGAUAGUGAUGCAUUGGCAGAAAAUGUCAAAGCGGAAUCACCUAGAAUGGUCAGUCUUCAAGAUGCUGAACAUACUGGUUCUAUUACUCAAGAUGAAUCUCAUACAAGCCAAUCUGAAUGUAAUAUAGAUCAGAUGACCGAUUCUGCCCCAAACCGUUCUUUCAAUGGUGCUAGAAUUGACAGAGUUUGUCCAGAACAAUGUCCAUUAUUGAUUUCUUCUAAUAAAUCGCCUGAAAAACAUAAUAAUCCACAUAAAAGAGAAAAUGCCCUGAAGACUAGAGAGAAGGACAAACCGGAUACAAAACGAUUUCGAUGCGAAUCAUAUUCCUCAGAUGAAAACGUUAGCAGUACGUUCUCAACGAAGCAAACACAACCUCAUUAUAACAGAGGCAUCAAUGAAAGACACGCGUCAUGGCCACACUCGAGUUCACCUUACUACAGUCACAAACAGAGUGAUUGUUGCUCAGGAAGGACAGAAUCUGAAACUGAAGAAAAUUGUCAGACAAAUAAACAAAAGAAAUUUAAAAGCGAGAAUGGUACCAAUCGCCUCGAGAAGACGUCUGAUACACAAACGGACAGGAACAAACAAUCAAAUGAUGACGAGAGUGUAUCAUACCAGUCUGCCCUGGCUGUAUCAGACUUCGGUAAACAUGGACACGAUAAAAAGGUAACAUGUUCAAACUAUUAUGCAACACGAGGAAACGAUGAUCCAACUAAAGUGGCGAUUCUCAGUCAUCCUAGUGUUGUUGCAGAGAACCGCAGUGUUCCAGGGACAUCGUCCAGUGGUAGUUUCUCUUGUUUGAGCAAAUUACAUGCUCCCAUGCACAGGACUGUCGUGGAUGGCAUUUCGUCCACACUGCCUGCCAGAAAUAAUGGAGACCCUUUACCGGGCGGCACUAAGGACAUACCAUACAUCACUGAAUCUGAUAGUGACAGUGAAAUACGUGUAGACGAGUACAGUGACAGCGAUAUGGAGAUAUCAGCUAUAGAAAUCUCGACGAGGCAUUCCCGAAAUUCAGCGUUUGGUUUCGGAUCUGAAUCCGGAGAACCUCAUCGUGCAACAUUUUGUGAAGAGAAUAAUGAUGAUAGCGAAGAGUCUUCAAAAGAUUCUUGGAGUACUUCUACGAAAGAUCCAAAUACACGCGGUUCAUCAAACAUCGAAAACCUACUGUGCAUGCAUUUCUGUGGUUUAACAUUGGCAUGAUGCAGGAUGAAAAAAAACAAAAUGGCUACUUUUAUGUUGAUAGAGAAUAUAAAUAUUUAUAAUUUUCAUUUCAUUUUAAUUCGUUUUCGUGCUUAUACCCAAUUAAGGUUCAAGCAAAAUAGUCUGGACAAAAACCUCGGCUAUCUGGUUUGUCUGUCUGUCCAGAACAGGGGUUAAUAGUUAGUUAUUCACUUCAUUCAUUCAUGUGUUAAUAUGUUCGUGCUUACAUCUAAAUAAGGUUCAAUCACGCUCUGUUGGGCAUAUACCUAACCCAUCUGGACUGUCUGUCCAGGACAGGGGGUUUGUAGUUAGUUAUUAGUGGUUAGUGAGAAAGAGGUCGGUGUAGUGGCCUUACACAUACCGACUGAGUUGUUAAACACGCUCUUGGUGGGAGCCGGUACCGGGAGGCGAACCCAGUACCUACCAGGCUUAUGUCCGAUGACUUCACCACUACACCAUCGAUACUGGUCUCUAGUGGUUAGUAGUUCAAUCAAUGUAAAACAAUCAUAAAUUAUAUUUUAGUGCAAAGUGAACAGUUUUAAUGAUGUGCAUAAUUUGAUUUACAUUUUUUUAAAUGUAUUUUAUAUUAUAAAGGUAUUUUAUUCAAUUAGUAAGAAUAAAAGUAUGGCUAAAAUUAA